AUGUCGUUGGGUACUUUAUAUGCUGGUGAGGCCACCAGAGUUUUGGCCGCCAAGGGUGUCGUCAAGGCUCUGGACUUGGACGUCAAGUUUGGUGAAACGACUGAUGAGGCUUUCCAAAAGAACUUCCCAUUGGGCAAAGUUCCAGCCUUCAUUGGUCCAAAGGGCUACAAGCUGAACGAGGCCAUCGCUGUCCUCUACUACUGUGAGUAUUUACAAGUGCGGACCAAUAUUGAUGCUUUUAUGAUGAAAUAUUUCCAUCAAUUAUACAGUUAUCCCUUGGUGUCUUUGAAAGACGAAAAUCACCCAUUGCUCGGAAAGACCUUCCAAGACCGUGCUCAAGUCUUGAAAUGGAUCUCCUUCGCUUCCUCCGAGUUCAUGGUUGAGGCUACGACUGCCUUCAAGCCGUUUGUUGGCAAGGCUCCAUACAACAAGAAGGCUGUCGAUGAAGCCCUCGAGAAGAUGGAGAAGUGUGUUUCUGCUCUGGAAGCCAGACUGGAGCACUACACUUACCUGGUCGGCGAGAGACUGACCAUCGCUGAUGUGUUUGUUGCUUCUAUGUUCUACAGACCAUUCACCGUUCUGUACGGUGACGAGUGGAGAUCCAAGCACCCAUACUUGACCAGAUGGUGGAAGACCAUCGCUGCCACUGACUUCUUGAACUGGUUCUUCAAGGACGUCAAGCUGAUCGAGAAACCUUUGGAGGCUCCAAAGCCAGCCAAGAAGGAAAAGGCUCCAAAGGCUGACAAGGCUCCAAAGGCCGAGGCUGCUCCAAAGGCUGCUGCUGAAAAGCCAGCCGAGGAGCCAGCCCAAGAGAAGAAGCCAAAGCACCCAUUGGAGGCUCUUGGCAAGCCAACCAUUCCACUUGACGAGUGGAAGAGAAAGUACUCCAACGAGGACACCAGAGCCGUUGCUCUGCCAUACUUCUGGAACGAGUUCUUCAACCCAGACGAAUGGUCUCUGUGGAAGGUCGCUUACAAGUACAACGACGAGCUGACUCUGACCUUCAUGUCCAACAACUUGGUUGGAGGAUUCUUCAACAGAUUGUCGGCUUCCACCAAGUACAUGUUCGGUUCUGCGGUCGUUUACGGCGAAAACAACAACAACGGUAUCAUUGGUGCCUUCCUCGUCAGAGGUCAAGAUGCUGUUCCAGCUUUCGAAGUUGCUCCAGACUGGGAAUCUUACGAGAUCACCAAGCUGGACCCAUCCAAGCCAGAAGACAGAGACUUUGUCGACAACAUGUGGGCUUGGGACAAGCCUGUCAACGGCCAAGAGAUCGUUGAUGGUAAGGUGUUCAAAUAA